CUUACUUUCUUUCACUGGUUGAAUGUUUGGCAAGUGGCAUUAAUUCUAGUUCAACGCGCACCGGUGUGUUUUGAGAGGCCUUUACGUUAAUGCAGUGAAUAAUUUGAAGAGGUUAAGGAUUUCGAGCCACUAAAUACCUCUAAGGGCGCUAAAGGUCACGUUCAAAAGCACUCAAGUUCAGUGUAUAAGACGGCUUUGUCUGGUUGCUUCAAGAUUGAACAGACAAACUGUAGAUAGUGACCGCGUGUGAGCCCUCUGCCAUGUCUGGAGCCGUGGCCCUGGAGGUGUCGUCGGGGGACGUGGGCUACCUGUCCUGCGGGGUCGAGGACGGCCACAGCCAAAGCCACCCCUCCCUGGAGGACGUCACCAACGAGUCUGCUGCCAAUGAGUCCUCAGAGGAGGAGUCAGCCAAUGAGAAGGAAGAGGAGGCCACCGAAGACAUUGCACACACACAAGCAGCCCCAGCAGUGUCGCGUCCCAACUCCCUGGCGGUGUCCUCGCCCCCCGCGGUGGCGUCGGACCUGUGGACGGCGCGCGGGGACGGCGAGGUGAAGCUGCGCAUGUCUGAGUCGGGCCCCGGGGCGGAGCCGGCGCUCACCGUGCACCAGAUGUUCCACGCCACCGUGGAGCGCUACCCCGACCACACGGCCCUCGGCUGGAAGGAGGGGGACGCCUGGAAGACCUUAAACUAUCGCCAGUACUACAAGCAGUGCCGCACCGCCGCCAAGGCAUUCCUCAAGCUUGGUCUUGAGCGCUACCAUGGCGUGGGUAUCCUGGGCUUCAACUCAGCCGAGUGGUUCAUCGCUGACAUCGCAGCCAUCUUGGCAGGGGGUUUUGCUGUGGGCAUCUACACCACCAACUCUGCGGAGGCGUGCCAGUACGUAGCGGAGAACUGCCAGGCCAACAUCCUGGUGGUGGAGAACCACAAACAGAUGCAGAAGAUCCUGCAGGUCCAAGACAGUCUGCCCCACCUGAAGGCCAUCAUCCAAUACAGAGACGAACUCAAAGAGAAGAAGCCAAACCUCUACACGUGGGCAGAGUUUAUGGCGCUGGGAGAGGAGGGGCCAGAAGAGCAGUUGGAUGACAUCAUCUCCAGCCAGAAGGCCAAUCAGUGCUGCACGCUCAUCUACACCUCCGGCACCACCGGCCAACCCAAAGGAGUCAUGCUCAGCCACGACAACCUGACGUGGACUGCGUUUGCGACGAGCCGUAACGUUCGCCUGACGGAGGCGUGUGUGUCUCAGGAGGUGGUGGUGAGCUACCUGCCGCUCAGCCACAUCGCCGCGCAGAUGAUCGACAUCUGGAUCACCAUUAAAGUGGGUGGGGCCACAUACUUCGCCCAACCAGACGCACUUAAGGUGAGUUGGAUUGUUUUUGUGUGUGUGUGUCUGUGUAUGUGUGAGUUGGUUGUUUACUAUUGCUCGCGUGCGUGGUAUCUUUUGACUGAUGAGUUGAUUGAAUUUUCCAUAGAGCUUGAAAUUGACGUCCCUUCCCCCGAUUUCAUGGGACCUCAACGGCGUUUUUAGCCGAAAAUCGUAGCAUGUAAUCCAAUGGCGGUAUUAAAAUGAUAUUUCGAUCCCCAUCGAGUUGUGCCACGAGAUCCACAUAUGUUGUUUGACGA